AUGGCUCAAAUGCGGGGAGACCUUAUCAUCCCCUGUAGUGCCGCGAAUAAAAUAUCGCCGGAGGUGUUCAAGCUAAUAUUGAAAUCAGCCAUGGCACGACCCAAAGUGCAUCCCGCCAAUCGUCUGCGGGCAUACGAGGCAUGUCUAUUCUGCAGAACAUCCAAGAGGAGAUGUAGCGGAUCGUUCCCGUGCCAAAACUGCAUCCGAAAGGGACAGGCGCAUUCCUGUAUGCCAAGCAGGCGAAGGGAGUCAUUCUCAGCUUCAAGGCAACCCAACACGCCGGAUGCGCCAAGCGGACCUGUUACUGCUAUUAUGCCGUCCCAGCCUCCCCUGAAGCACAACACAAAACGCGUCCUAGAAUGUUGCGUAGCCUGCAAGGGGAAAGAGGUGUGUGUGUGUGUGUGUGUGUGUGUGUGUGUGUGUGUGUAUGUGGGCAGGGCUGCGUCGCUAUCCUUCCUGCAACUACUCCGAGAUACUGUCACCCAACACAUAGGCCCGUCACAGUUCUCACACAAUGUUAAAUUGGAAGACAUGCUCGAGACGGAAGCACCCAGAAAUGUGUCGCCGGACUUUGAAGACCAGCUGGACCUCCAGCAGCGUGAAUCCUUGCUCAGAGCAUACCAGAUUUCAACAAGUGGCUUCCUCUAUCUGAUGCCGGAUUCCGAAUUGAGGCAGCUUCUCCGCAAUCAGCGCUCUGACACUGGCCAUGCACAACAUACAACGGCUUUACUCGACAUCAUGAUUGCCAUUGGCGCACAGUCGCAAAAGCAUGAUCCAACAAAAGUGCAAAUAGAGCACUUCUUUUUUGCGAGGGGGCAACGCCGGGCGUUCGUUAGCAUGCUGGAGAAUCCCAGCCUGGAAAUGGUGAGCUUGUUUCUGCUGAUGUCGUUUUACAUGCUCGGGGCGUGCCGUAGAAAUGCUGCUUUCAUGUAUCUUGGCGUGGCCGCUCGAGCAGCUGUGGCACUCGGUCUACACAUCGAUGUCUCUGGUUCGCUAUCGGUCAGCGAACAGCAGAGAAGAGCAUGCGUUUGGAUGAGUCUAUGCAGCCUUGAUCUCCUCGUCAGCUCCAUCCUCGGACGACCCCCCGCAACAGCCUCACUCCGGUCGGAGUCGGGAGGCAGCAUCAGUGAGGCACUACAGCGCAACGAUCUUGCAGAGGAACGGCUUGUGGCAUUAUAUAAUCUUGCCCAAAUCCUGGAUGAAACGAUCAUCCGCUUGUACAGCGAAAAGGCAGCCUCGGCGCAGGUCGCCGAGUCGAUACUGGAGAAGCUGAAGCGGUGGAGCGAUGGUCUACCGGAGCCCUUGCUUGCACCUCCAGGCACAGAACAGGAGUGUGUUGCUGCUCAGGACCGGGUUAUAGGCAGCCUGCACAUCGCCUGUUCCUACCACUUUGCCAUCAUCGUUGUGACGAGACCAUUCCUGAUAUCAACGCUUGGUGUUCGGCUGACCCGACUACUUGACAGCCUCGCUGAACGAAGUCUGGGUGAUGUCCACUCAGAGAACCCCGUGCAUUCUCGGCUGGCUCUCGCCUGCACAGACUCGGCUCUUUACAUGCUGCAAACUUGCCUGGAAAUUCAUCGUUCCCACCUACUCCUGGGAAACAUGUGUAUCCUGAAAGCCUUCAUCUUCGCUGCAGCUCUAGUUGUCGGGUUUUCGCUCUUCUCACAAAAAGACCCAAACCCCGAUCUUGAAGAAGCCUUCAUUGGCGCCAUCGACAUCCUCCACACGUUCUCCAAGCAGUCCGCCCAAGCGGGCCACUACUACGAGAUACUCUCCUUUCUCCGCAACGCUAUCGCCGAACAACGCCAAAGACUUUCGAACCAGGAUCAAAGCAGCAAAAGUCAAUAUGUGAGCAAGCUCUUCAGCUUGAAUGGCCGCAGGGCGUCACGCCAGACGGAGGGCGCGGCCACUGUUAACCUAGCCACACUGACGAGUCCCUUUGAUAUUAAUAGCGUCCCACUGGAAUGGGAGUGCAUGGAACUGCCGUUUUGGGAUAGCUUCCCCUUCACAGAAGAAACACUUCCACUGCAGGACAGAACGAGUGAUAUGAACCCAUUGUGA